UGGAGCUCAGCCAGCUCGGACAGAUUGAGAUAAAAUUUAUUUCGUGUGUUAUUAUAAAGUGAAUAAUUCCGUAACAUCGCGCUUUCGAACACAGUUACCCUUUACUCUUCGGUUACAGUACAAAAUUCGGUGUGCAGAUUGUAGUUAGUGCUUCCAUAACAUCCGAUCAGCUUUCACGCGAGAAUUUCUUCUCUCACCAAUUUAUUGUUUUACUGAGUUCUCCGAACAAAAGGCGUAAAGGAUUUGUUUUCAAAUUGCGCACCAGUGUUAAAUGUUUACCUUUCAACUCUUGGAGUUGUUCUAUGUUUACGCCUGGCUAGAAUUUUGAAUCGAUAUUGUAUAGGGGCAUUAGCCUAUUGUUGUGAUAUGAUUGUGCAUAUUUGUCGUACCAACUGACACAUGGACUAAUGGAUAUUUGCUGAUACGGGGGUUAAAGAGAAUUGGCAUUUGUUAAAACCGCAUCAUGGGUCGGUUUACCGGCAAGAAGUGUCGGCUGCUGUCGAUGUUAUGGCUGACCGGCAGCUUCUUCUUCGUGGAGCUGAUCGUGGGCUACGUCACCAACUCGAUGGCCUUGGUCGCAGACUCCUUCCACAUGCUGAGUGACGUCGCAGCGCUUGUCAUCGCGUUUUUGAGUGUUAAAAUGUCACCGAAGAAAUGGUCAAAGAACACAUUCGGAUGGGCGCGUGCGGAGGUGUUGGGAGCUCUGGUAAAUGCUGUGUUCCUGGUAGCUCUGUGCUUCAGCAUCACGGUCGAGGCCGUGAAGAGGUUCAUAGAGAUAGAGAUCAUCCACGACGCGAAGCUGCUGGUCGCAGUCGGAACCCUCGGGUUGCUGCUCAAUAUUGUGGGGCUGUUCCUCUUCCACGAACACGGUGGAAGCCACGGCCACUCGCACGGAGGGGUGCCUCCCCCCGCCAACGUGAGACACCUCACAGAGAUAGUCAACAGCAACGCGGACAUGGCACUAGGCCACAACGCCACAGACAUGGAAGAAACCGAUGAGAUGGUGAAGACUGAGAAGGUGCCAAAUAACAAUAAGGCCCCGCCCAGGCCCAACCAUGAUCCAGGACAUAUGAACAUGAAGGGAGUGUUCCUGCACGUGCUUUCUGAUGCCUUAGGUUCAUUAAUAGUAGUGGGGUCAGCGCUAGUGGUAUGGCUGACGGAGUGGAAGUACAAGUACUACAUCGACCCUGCGCUCAGUAUAGUGUUGGUGAUCCUCAUACUGGCGUCGGUGUGGCCGCUACUGCGGGAGUCGGCGCUGAUACUGCUGCAGACAGUGCCCACGCACAUCCAGGUGGAUGCCAUCCAGAGAAGACUGCUGGAGAAGGUAGACGGGGUACUGGCAGUGCAUGAGUUCCACGUGUGGCAGCUCGCAGGAGACAGGAUCAUCGCCAGUGCGCAUAUUAGAUGUAGAAACCUGUCGGAGUAUAUGAAGAUAGCUGAGAAGGUGAAGGAGUUCUUCCACAAUGAGGGCAUCCACUCCACCACCAUCCAGCCCGAGUUCGUCGAGCUGCCGCUAGAUGGCAAUGAGGUGAUAAGCGGUGCGUCAGCGGAGGCGCCGUGCGCGCUGCACUGCCCGCCCAACGACCUCUGCCACAACGCCACGUGCUGCGGGCCCAACCAGCAGGAACGAAGCACACCCUCGCCGGCCGUAACGCCGUACCUGUGUAGACAGCGCAACAUGGGCUCGCGGUCCGAGUCCGUCAGCUCCAACAUCGGCACCGGCGUUCAAGGACAGGCUGCGAGGAAUCUGGACGCUCUCGAGUGCGGGUCCCUGCUACCGUCGCCGAUGGUGGACGGUAGACUGGCUGUCUGACCGUCGAUCGCACUCAACUCGGCCACGCGGUAACUCCUCACUAACACUACCUCUCAACUGUGAAACACAACCUCUUAGGUUAUGUGCUAUGUCGGACGACUAUAGACAAAAUUACAUGUGAAAACUAAUUCUACAGGUUCAAAACGGAGCAAUAGGAUAUAAUUAGGCAAAUAAGAGAUCGUUUUUCGUACUCACA